AUGUCACAACAGCUUGCACACAAUGAGAACUUGGUCAUUGACAAGUGUGUUGCCAUUAUGCGCAAUAAAAGUGUCACAUGGAUGUGGGACACAUUCAAAACUGUGGGGAAACCCAUCAUUGUGAAGAAGGCAUUUGAGAUGUGUUAUGUUUGUGAAUUUAACUUGUCAUAUGAGAGCCUUACUGGCUUUCCUGCACAAGACAAGUUGCGAAAGUUGAAAUCAGAAGACCCUGAAUUUUGGGAAGAACUCACCAAAGUGAAGCCUCAAGAAAUGACAGACCCUACAAAAACAAAUGAAGAUGUUGAGACAGAGGUGGACCUCUAUAAUGACACAUCAUUUGACGACACUGAUGUCCCAUGUGCAGCUGCCAUUGCUGAUAUGGUGGGUGCUGGUGUUGCAGCUGGUAUUGAGAGGGUGGAUGGGAGGCUUGGUUCAAAGACAGACACAGAGAGCUUGGAGUUUGAAGGUGGCGAUAUGCAAAUGGUCCAGCCUGAGAACGAGGGUGGCAUUGAUGUGGCGGAGGGGUUAGGGCAGGGAAGAAGAAACAAGAAGGCCAAUACUUUGUAUUCCCACAUGUUCUGGUGCCAUCAUGACAACGGUGAGAUUUGA